ACACAGCAUGCGUAAGCGUAAGGAGAGCAGUCAGCAGGUUGAGCUAACCCGCGCAGAUAAAUGGAGAAUGGAUGAGGCGGGGGUGAGAGCUGGAACUUGUAGCUUCUACGUCAAAUACCUGGGUUGUUGCGAAGUAUACGAGUCUAGAGGAAUGCAGGUUUGUGAAGCAGCAGUGAGCAGGUUAAAACAAGAGAGAAGAAGAACUGUCCGAGGAACUCUUUGCGUGAACGGAGAUAGUAUCCGACUAGUUGAUGAUGAUACUAAGGGACUGGUCCUGGAUCAAACAAUUGAGAAAGUUUCAUUCUGUGCUCCUGACAGAAACUUUGAGAAGGGGUUCUCCUAUAUCUGCCGAGAUGGAACCUCCAGGAGAUGGAUGUGUCAUGGGUUUAUGGCUGUGGGAGAUACCGGAGAGAGGUUGAGCCACGCAGUCGGUUGCGCUUUCGGUAUUUGUCUUGAAAAUAAGCAGAAGCGAGACAAAACAAAUGUAUCAGUACAGUACAACUCAAAUGAUAGUUCUUUCACCAGAAAUGGAUCUUUCCGUGUCGGUACAAUGACCGAGAGACUGGAAGAUCCUCAAUCUAUGAGGAUAAGUCCUGCGCCUCCUAAAUCUGUCGAGGUUGAGACCAAAUCUGUAGAGAGACCUAGACCCACGGAGACAAUGUACCAGAGACAAGCGUCCUUCAGAGGGUUGGGUCAACUCUCGGGACAAACUCCGUUUAAGAGACAUUCUAAACUCCAGCUCUCACUUCGACCCAACGAUCUCCCGUCCUACAAAGAGAGAAGAUUACUCUCCGACAGUCCUAUAAUGGAAGAUAUUGAGUUACCUUCUUCUAAUCUUGAAGAUAACUAUAAUAAAUCCGUAGAUCUCUUAACCAAUGAUGAUCCAUUUACCCAGGCAGAGUUGGCAGCAACUAGUGGGGCGUCUGGAACCUCUACUCCAGCUUUUAUUACUGGAGAUUCAUCAUCAACCUAUAGUAUGUCUCCUCCUCCUUCUCUUCUCAUCCCAACCAGGCUUCACAAGCUCCCUGAGACCCCAGAGAGUGAGCACAACCCCUGGGAUAUGGUUCCUGAUCAACCUCACUCUCCUCCUCAUCUUCCAUCCGUUCCCCAACCUUCCAGCGGGAACACUUUAGACAACUUCAAUAUUUUGUCUGGUUUUUCUCAACCUAACCCAGUGAAUUCAUCCCUUAUCAUGGCGGAUCCAGUUUAUUCGUCUCUGGGUUUAAAUGAUUUUAAAUACUCGUGCGUCCCUGCCAUCAAUCAUUGGAGUUCUAGCGGAACAAAAGAUUUUGAUCUAGAUUCAAAAUUUCCUCCCUUUAUCAACCACGGUCUUGAGGAGUUUAGUAAGAAUCCAGGAACCUCUAGUGGAUACAGUAGUCCCUCCUCAACCAAUUCAGGAGCAAGUUUACCACAACAAUCCGGAGAAUUAUGGAGAUCUAACCUUCAGUCAUCCAUCCUGGAGAACAGCACAGGACAUAAUUCCUUCCUGGAGAACACUGUACAGAGCUCGAUACUAGAGGAUCCGUUUGACGCAGAAUGGGCGGCUAUUGCGACCAGAAAAUAUAGCGUAGACGUGAAAUCAGAGAAACAUGUGAAUAAUAAGAAUCCGUUCCUCCAGGACGGAAAAACAUUUGAACUCCAGUUAUAGAGAAUAAGACUGUGUCACUCUCCACUAAAACUUACUAUUCUUCUAUUUCUUCGGUCAGUGUACUGUAAACCACUGCAGUACAGUGGAGGGUGGUGUUUGUACAUUGUGAAAUUCGAUAAAACAUUUGAGAACAUUUACUACGUACCUUACUCAUGUAUAGAUGACAUAGCCAUAUAUUAGACCCUGAGUAAACCUUCUCAAAGAUAACAUGCAAGUUUCCCAAUCAUUAUCUGGUUUACUGUAUAUAGUGAAUAUAUUUGAGUCGAAAUGUUUUUAUAUAUUGAUAUAUAUUUAUAUAUAUACGGUGACUUUACUCAAUAUAUUGAUCAGGUUUCUAUCUUACUGCAAUCCAUAAAGUCUGACUGAUAAGAACCAAAAUUAAUCCCCAUUUUUAUUAAAGAGGCGAAAACCCCGGUUUGAUAAUAUCUUAUUUAGGCCUAAUUUUUUCAUUUUUAAGUUCCAUUCAUUUAUAUUUAAUUAAGUUCUAGUGUACUCAGUUUAUUUUAUGUGAUAAAUCCUAAAGUGAAAUUUUUAUUGUGUAAAUUUUAUGGACUAAUUUUUUACUUUUGUAAAAAUUUUGCAAAAAGAAGGUUUAUACUGGCAAUUUUUGAUUAAUACAAAUUGACUUUUGAUUUCAUAAUUAUGUAAAAAUAUAUUUUGAAACUAUUUUGUUCAAAGUUUGAGCAGCUAAUCCCUUAGAUAUAUAUAUAUAUAUAUAUUCAUCUAUCUUUAUAUAUAUAUAUGUAUAUAUUCAUAAUAUAUUUUCCUACAGUGCUUAAUAACAAUAUACAGUUGACAAAUGUAUGUAUUGUAUACAUUAUAGAAAUACAUAUAUUUAAAGUA